AUGCACCGACAAUCCAUUGCAGCAAUUCUACUUGCUGCAGGCAGGAGCUUAGCAGCACCAACUCUGCAGGCCGCUGUACCCCCAGCUGAAGUAAAGUGCCCUAUCGUUUUCGAUGGACGUGUUCCCGUUGGCACGGCCCCCUCCUUCUUCGAUUCCUAUGCAACAAACACCAUAUACAAUCCCGACUAUGUGAAAGGAAACGACCUCAAGUGGUCUGAAAUUCUAAAGUUUCCUAACGGCACUGCCUCUCGAUUUGAUGGUGAUAAAUAUACUUCAUUAGAAGUCACAGUAUCGGACAAGAGCAUCUUCCAGAAGCAAAACGGAUUUAGACGAGCUGGCCUUCAAUUUCUCAAGGAUGCAGCGGAUGGGCCCGGAACUGUGGGCGUAAAGACUCUCCAUUUCAGUGUCAAGCAGGAUGCCGCGCGUCCUUUAAACCUUACUCAUGAGUUCUUGAACGUUUGGCACGAGGCUGCCGAUUACUCCUCCAACCAGAUUCAAUUUCAGACAGGCCAACUUAUUGGAAAAUCUGCUGCCGAUAAGGAAAAAUUUAAGAUUCUUGACCGUAACGGCAACAGCCUCUAUUCAGUUGCCAUUGACAAGACCGAGUGGCAGAACUUCGCUAUCACUCUGAACUACGAUAAGAAUCAAGUCCAGAUCUAUUACUCCGUUGGCCAGGCUGCUUUGAAAUCAGUUGCUGGUCCAAGCAACGUCGAUCUCAAGGGGGCCGGGCAGUUCCAGCUUGGUAUACUUCGCAAGCCUACGGGUUCGUCCGAUGUGGUGAAUAGCGGUUACCACCAGAAGAAUCUUAACGAAGGCCAAAUUUACGGUGGCGUUUUCCUUGAAGACAGCGCAAACAGUUGUGUUACACUAUAAACGAGCUAUGCGUGGGACUCAGGGCAAAUUGGGAUUGUACAUAUUCUGUGACUGAAAAGGGAUACUGAAAAGAACACUGAUUUAUGAACAAUUG